AUCAAAUGUGGUGCCAUGGCCAUUGUUGCGUCUCCAUCAAUCCCUUUUGCUUCAACCCUUAAUUGGUGCUCAAUCCAAAUUCCUUCUUUAAAAUCACUCAAAAACCUCCCUUCUGCAACUCAAAAAACACACACACAAACAAUGAAGAACACCGUCAACAAUGGCAGCACGAAGCUCAUCCUCCUCCACCCCUACGUUCAAAAACAAGCUUCCUCCACCCGCCUUUACUGGCUCAUCGCCGCCGUUUCCAUUUUUGCAGUAGCUUCCCUCCUCACAUUCAUUUACACACGCGAAACGUUCACCACCACCACCUCGACCAUCGCCGCUGCAACUUCCAUCACCACCGCUGCAUCAACCCUCAACCACCACAUCCUUCCGAAAUCAGUCACCAAAGCCCUUAUUCACUACGCAGCCAACACCAACAGUUCCGAUCACAUGUCAAACACCGAUAUUAAACAAAUCUCCGACGUCCUCCGGCAAUGUCAGUCACCUUGUAACUUUCUUGUUUUCGGCCUGACACCGGAGACCCUUCUCUGGAACGCUUUGAACCACCAUGGCCGGACUGUUUUCAUCGAUGAAAACCGUUAUUAUGCUGCGUAUAUCGAGGAAAAGCACCCAGAGAUUGAAGCUUAUGAUGUUCAAUACACGACAAAGAUCAGCGAGCUUAAUGAUCUUAUAACUUCUGUUAGAGAACAAGUGCGUAAUGAAUGUCGACCUGUGCAAAAUCUUCUGUUUUCCGAUUGUAAAAUUGGACUGAAUGAUCUUCCGAAUCAGUUAUAUGAACUGGAUUGGGACGUCAUACUGGUGGAUGGGCCACGUGGGUAUUGGCCGGAGGGGCCGGGGAGGAUGUCGGCCAUCUUCACCGCCGGCGUGCUGGCGAGGAGCAAAAAGGGUGGUAACCGGAAAACUCAUGUUUUCGUGCAUGAUUAUAAGAGGAAAGUGGAGAGGGUUUCGAGUGAAGAGUUUUUGUGUAAAGAAAAUUUAGUGAAGUCUUCUAAGGAUUUAUUGGCGCAUUAUAUGGUGGAAAGAGUGACGGAGGAGAGCAACAGCCGCCACUUCUGCCGGAACCACUCAGUCAGGGCGAGGUAGGGACAUCGGUCGUCUUCUCCGGCGGCUUAUUAAUUGCAUGUGUGAUAUAUAAAAGAUAUCCGCUGUAAAAUUUGAUUAUUUAUGAUCAACAUUUGAGAUUUUGGGUGUUUUCAGUUUUUAAAUAAAUUUUCUUUUUUUUUUACUUGAAAGAUUUGUGUAAAAUUUCUUUAACAGAAAGAUAUAAGAUAUAUCUUGAUGUUAUUUUCUUGCGUUUUUAACUUUUUAUUAUGUUGCUAUAAGUCUUAUAAUUUUUAAGUACAUAUUGGGCCGAGUUGGUUUUACUUAAGGAAUAUUUUCUUUUAA